CUAACCUAGCUCUUCUUUGUUGUUGUUUACACUUUUCAAGCUGAUCAGUUUUCCAAUGAAUUUCCCUUAAAAAACGGGAAAAUGUCGGCAUACGUGAUGGGAAUUACAUCAACAGGAGGGCUGCCAGUUUUUUCGCGCAAAAAGGGAAACUGCGAAAGCCUCUCCUUCUCCAAAUCAGGGUCUCUAAAUGGGGUCCACAUGUUCGGGAAGCCUCUGAAUAUCGAGCUGCUCAGUACAGUGACCGACGACUAUGCGGUGGCCUGGAAGGAGUUCAACGACAGUUUGGUAAUCAUCGGAUUGGCCAGUGGAUGUUCCGUAGACGUUCUGAACCGACUUCUUAGACUGGUCUACGAUGCCGUUGUGCUCAUUGUUGGAAUCGACGAAGCUAAAAGCCAGCGAAACAUCGAGCGACUUAAACGAGAUCUGCGGGUUUGCUAUCCGGUGCUGGAUAGGCUUCUGGACUCUCUGGAUUGUGGUGAUGCCAGCAACAAGCACUCUUCAGACAUCGUUGGCUAUGUGGAGACGAUUCUUUGCCCAGAGAACCACUUGAUCCAGAUCGUCCUGGAUUCGUUUAGUGAAUGCGUGGACUCGAUGUUCAGCUGCGUUCUGAUCAAUGGGAAAAUCGCCGCAGCAACUGAAAGCUGGUGGUCGCUGCAUCCGCAUGAACUCCGAAUUUUGCUCUUCCUGGCCGUGACGGAAAACAAGGAUAUUUCCCGAGAUAUUCCAGUGUUCCUCCCCUACAAAAGCCCUUCGGUGGCGUUCCGCUUUAUCGCAUGCAGCCUUAUUGCAGACGUGCAAGUUUGCUGCCUGUGCGGCUCCACUCCAGCCCUAAUGGACAUCGAGCAAUCGGCCACGCAGUGCUUCAGGAAUUCUACCGAUAUCCUCAAGGCAGCUUCCGAAUGCGCCCCUAGAAACUUUCCCUAUUCCUUAGUGGUGGACAGUGGGAUUUUAGGGCUGUUGUUGAUCAACAUCAAGCUGAAGAAGUACAUGAUGUCGAAAAACCCGCAGCCCAGCGCGUCGCGGAAGGCGUCCAGCAGCUCACAUCGGCUGGAUAUUCUGCGCACCUUCUUCUAUCAGGCGGUGAUGAACACUUUGAUCCCCAACGCGCAGACCUGGCAGGAGAACAACCUUUGCGAGGAUCAGCGAACGGAUAAGCUGGCUCAGGACGAGCAGAACGACGGAGUCGAGACCUACUGGUGUUCUGAGUACCACAAGUGCCAUGCGGUCAAAGUGGGCAUCAACAUCUUAUGCGUGUUGUACAGUUCAGCAACCCCCACUCAUGCGAUGCGACUGAUCAGCAAAACCACCCUGGGCAUGCUGGUUGGAGACAGGCAAAUUUGUUGGUAGUUGAGGGUUUAAUAAAAGCAAUUAUUCGUUUUA